UAUUGGUUUAUCUCAACCCCACCGAGUACAAGCACAUUGAUGCUCUAUCUAUAAGCAUCGGUACGCAGCCACCUUCAUCUCCAUCCAUAAACAUUGACUCAACAAGCCAGUCUGUCCAAAAACUAAACCUUAUGGAUUGCAGGGUCUUACAACUUGUGAUUCAGUCAGCGCAUGGAUUGAGAUAUGUCAAUCAUGUGACAAAAAUGAAGCCUUACGCGCUUGUUUCCAUUCGCGACAACCAAAAUAACCUCCAUUCCUCAGAGGAAAAAACACCGGAGGACACAGGAGGUGGUUCAAACCCCACAUGGAACUCCCCAGUUACGUUCAAACUCGACAUCACCAAGGCCAAGGAAAGCAGCCUUGAACUUGUUGUUAAGCUCAUGUCACUCCGGACGGAUCACUGGUUUAGGGACAAAGAAAUCGGUGAAGUCCGUGUGUUCAUCACAAAAUUGCUGGAAGGUUUUGGUGGUGAAGCUAAAGCUGAUGCAGUAGUAGCUGAAAAACAGAUGAGUGCCAGUGUUAUGACCACAGAUGAAAAGCCCGAAGGAACACUAGUCUUUUCUUACAAGUUUGAGAGCGUGACCACUGUCCAGAAACCAGCAGGGCAGAGGCAGAUCAAUUCUCCAACUGCGCCGCAAAGUGUGGAGCAGGACACCGAACAACCUGCUGGGUGGAUGGAUUCGUUGAUCUCCGAUACGGUGAAAGGGAUUGUGGGAACUGCGUUGAACAAUAUUGGAUUGACAAGUGUGGUUGCCUCUGAUGCUGCUGCCCCGCCUCCGCCUGCUAUUCAAACCCAAGUUGCUGCUGCUGUUGAUCAGUGUGGUGCUGAUGAUCCGUCUGAAAAUAAUAAUGAAGGGAUUGCGGGAACUGCGUUGAGCACAACCGGAUUGACAAGUGUGGUUGCCUCUGAUGCUGCUGCAGCCCCGCCUUCGCCUGCUAUUCAAACCCAAGUUGCUGCUGCUGUUGAUCAGUGUGGUGCUGAUGACCCGUCUGGGGAUAAUAAUGAAGGGAUUGCGGGAACUGCGUUGAACACUACCGGAUUAACAAGUGUGGUUGCCUCUGAUGCUGCGGCCCCGCCUCCGUCUGCUAUUCAAACCCAUGUUGCUGCUGCUGCUGAUCAGUGUGGUGCUGAUGACCCGUCUGCGGAUAAUAAUUAUGAAGAUGAAGAUGAUGGUUAUGACGAUGAAGAUUGUGAAGAUGAAGAAUGAACCUAGAUAUAUAUGGUCAUGGAAGUAGUAUAUAAGGAUCUCAAGGCUGGUUGUAUUAUAUCUAGGUAUGCAUAUAAUAAUAAUGCAAGUCCAUCUCGAAUUGGCUAUAUGUACUGGUUUCUGCUGUUUCUGUGUGAAUCUUUGUCUAGUCUUUCUUAGAAUGUCAAGCUAAAACUGUGAAUCAUCUUAAUGUUCUACUUCUACCAUGUGUAUCAGUACUGUUUCUAUUAUGGGGAUGAUAAAUAGUAGUUGUUGUGCUUA